CCCAUGGAGAGGGGGGGCACAGGCAGGCAUUGUUGUCGCUGUUUCGAUGCGCUUAAUCAUCGCGCUGUUUGUAAAUGUCUGCCAUUGACCAAAUCGCUUACCGAAUCAGCUGUUUCACUUUCAUCCGAAUGUUGGGCCCAGCUCAAAGCGUAGAUUAUAGUAACUAUUAUUAGGCUGUCCUAUCCUUUUCAAGGCACCGUGCACAACACCCGUGCCAGUAGUGCGAAACACAAUACAAUACCAAAGAGGAAGAUGGGCAAACGCUUCGUCGUAGUGGCAGUGCUGGUGUGGUGGGCUGGUUUGCUUACAUUCACCAACGCGAGCGAGUGCAAUCGGGUAGGGGACUGUUCCUGCGAGUUUUACGACGGCAGGGGUAUCAACCUGCGGCCCAUCAUCGAUCUCGGUGGCCAGCCGCUACACGCGAACGAUUCCAGUGGCGAUGCGUACUACUUCAGCCCCUGCCAGGACAUUAACUACACGGCGGAUGAUAACAAACCGAACAUAACUAGCAAUGAAUGCUUAAAAGGAUAUACGCUUUGCAAGUAUGACGCCGCACACCACCAGCUGGUACGGUUGGGUGAGCUGAAGGAAACCCAGUUCACAUCCGACGAAGGGCUUUUUCUCAGCUACAUCAAACCAAACCAUAGUAUUACACAUGUAAAAUUGGUGUGUACAAGCGAUAAGAAGUCGUACUUUUUCCCGGAUUCCACCACGAAUGUCACCACGCAUCUGUUGCUUUUCUCUCCGUACGCAUGUCCUAUCGUAAUAGAAGAUUUCAGCAAGCCCAGCACCGGCACAGUACUAUUGAUAAUGCUGUUUGUCGGCUUCGUGUCGUACUUCCUGAUCGGGGCCACGGUGAACGCGCUGUAUCUGGGCGCACGUGGCAUCGAGAUGGUUCCACAUUUGGACUUUUGGCGCGGGCUGCCCGGUCUUGUGCGCGAUGGGGCCCAGUUUCUGCAGAAUGGAUGCCGGGUCGCGAAUCGGGCACCGGAUCCGGAUUCAUACGAUGCCAUAUAAAGGAAGGAUAUGGAAAGCAAUGGCUGCUACUUCCGUCGCACCAUUCGGUCCUAUGUUCCGCGUGCUGUGUUUAAAAAUCGACUGAAAACUGCUAUUACCAUAUUUUUUUUGUUACAGCAAAAGAUCAAACCAAUCAGCUACAGACAAAAGCCCAAACAUCUCCCAGUGCGCGAACGCACGCACGGCUACUUACACAAGAGGAGAGAGAGAGAGCGGAGGGCGUGUGUUAUUACCGGGGGGUGUGGUUAGAAAAUGUCUUUAUUUAAACAGCUAAGAUGUGUUGUGAAUAAAAUCUAAUUUCAUCAGAGUA